GAUAUACUAUUUUUUUAAAAACAAAACUUUAGAAUUGAGUUCCUAGCUGCUACCAUUAACUUGGAAAAAAAAAAUGCCUGUAUUCGGUAGGCUAGAGACUGAAGUUGCGGCUAAGGCUCCUGCUUAUAAGUUCCACGAGGUUAACAGCAAGAGAAUACAUGAGACAGCCAAAAUUUGCCCCAAGUAUUUUCAGAAAAUUGAUUUAAAAGAAGGUGAAUGGGGAGGAGAGGGCUCUGUCACGUGCUGGUAUUUUGUCAUUGAUGGGAAAGCUGUAAUGUCUAGGGAGAUACUUGAAAAGGUGGAUAAUGAAAACCAGUCUGUCACAUACAAUGUGAUUGGAGGAGUACUCAAGGAGACUUACCAGAGUUUCAAAUUCAUUGUGCAAGCCAUUCCAAAGGAUGAGGGGAGUUUGGUCCGUUGGACUUUAAUAUAUGAGAAACUAAAUGUAGAUGUUCCUGAUCCAAAUGCAAUGCUUCAGUUUGGAAUUGAUGUGACCACAGAAAUCGAUGCAUAUCUUACCCAGGAGGAGCUGGAAAAAAAGACUAUGGCAUGAUGCAUAUGAAAUAGCAUAAUAUGUUUUAACCCAGAAGAAGAAGAAGAAGAAUAAGCACAAUAUGCUAUGUAAAAUAAAAGGUCGGGAGUAUAAGACUUCCUUUGUAUUAUUGAUAAUCUGUACUCAUCGUAUGUUAUGUUUCUAUGCUAAUAAGCACAAUAUGUUGUGUACUAUAAAAGUUCGGGAGAAUAAGACUUCCUCGUAUUGUUUCUCACAUGUACUGUCAUGUUAUCUUUAUAUGCAUAUUAUGUGGGCAUCUUCCUUUAUUGCCUCAUGCAGCUUGUUCUCAGGAUUGUAAUAUUGUAUACAUUAAAUUAAUAAUGCUUUCGGUUUAUGUAUUGAAAACUGUA